AUGUCUCUGAAUUUCGUCCAGGUGUGCACAGUACCCUUGGAGGUCCUCGUGUGUGCAGUUGUUGUCUUUUUUGUUGUUGUAGUUGUUGUAGAUGUAGUUGAGGUAGUUGAUGUAGAUGUAGAUGAUGAUGUAGAUGUGGAGGAUGUAGUUGAUGUAGAUGAUGUUGACGUUGUAGAUGAUGUAGUUGAUGUAGACGUUGUGGAUGUAGUUGAUGUAGAUGUAGAUGAUGUAGUUGAUGUAGAUGUGGUUGAUGUUGACGUUGUAGAUGAUGUAGAUGUAGUUGAUGUAGACGUUGUAGAUGAAGUUGUAGAUGAUGUAGAUGUAGUUGAGGUGGAUGUAGUCGAUGUAGUUGUAGAUGAUGUAGUUGAUGUAGACGAUGUAGUUGAAGUAGAUGUAGUUGAUGUAGAUGUUGUAGAUGUAGUUGAUGUUGACGUUGUAGACGUAGUUGAUGUAGAUGUUGAGGAUGUUGUAGUUGAUGUAGAUGUUGAGGAUGUAGUUGAUGUCGAUGUUGAGGUUGUAGUUGAUGUCGAUGUUGAGGUUGUAGUUGAUGUAGAUGUUGAGGAUGUAGUUGAUGUCGAUGUUGAGGUUGUAGUUGAUGUCGAUGUUGAGGUUGUAGUUGAUGUAGAUGUUGAGGAUGUAGUUGAUGUCGAUUUUGAUGUUCGGAGGUUGAGUGUAGUUGAUGUCGAUGUGGAGGUUGUAGUUGAUGUCGAUGUUGAGGUUGUAGUCGAUGUAGAUGUUGAUGUAGUUGAUGUCGAUGUUGAGGUUGUUGUUGAUGUCGAUGUUGAAGUUGUAGUUGAUGUAGAUGUUGAGGAUGUAGUUGAUGUAGAUGUUGAGGUUGUAGUUGAUGUCGAUGUUGAAGUUGUAGUUGAUGUCGAUGUUGAAGUUGUAGUUGAUGUAGAUGUUGAGGAUGUAGUUGAUGUAGAUGUUGAGGAUGUAGUUGAUGUCGAUGUUGAGGUUGUAGUUGAUGUCGAUGUUGAGGUUGUUGAUGUCGAUGUUGAAGUUGUAGUUGAUGUAGAUGUUGAGGUUGUAGUCGAUGUAGAUGUUGAGGAUGUAGUUGAUGUCGAUGUUGAGGUGUAG